AACCGACUUUCCAUCAACAAAACCACAUUUUUCAUCAAGUCUAUCAUCUAAGAUGGCUCGUACCAAGCAGACUGCCCGUAAGUCCACUGGUGGCAAGGCUCCCCGUAAGCAGCUCGCUUCCAAGGCCGCCCGCAAGGCCGCUCCUUCUACCGGAGGUGUCAAGAAGCCCCACCGCUACAAGCCCGGUACCGUCGCUCUCCGUGAGAUCCGUCGCUACCAGAAGUCCACUGAGCUCCUGAUCCGCAAGCUCCCCUUCCAGCGUCUGGUUCGUGAGAUCGCCCAGGAUUUCAAGUCCGAUCUCCGCUUCCAGUCCUCUGCCAUCGGUGCUCUCCAGGAGUCCGUUGAGGCCUACCUCGUCUCUCUCUUCGAGGACACCAACCUGUGCGCCAUCCACGCCAAGCGUGUCACCAUCCAGUCCAAGGACAUCCAGCUGGCCCGUCGUCUCCGUGGCGAGCGCUCUUAAUUUUCCUCUUUGAAAGAGC